AUGGUGUCCAUCCUCUCCUUUCUGCCACGUGUGAUGUGCAAACAUAACAAACGUUGCAACACCGAUCAUCUGCUCAGGAUUCCACACGAAUUCUACCUGCCUGGUGACCUUAUAAUUGGUGGACUUGGUUCUCAUAUCUUUGGCUCUUUUGCUAAAGAAGACUUCAGAGAAAUCCUUAUCACCCAUCAAGUCCAUACUUCCUUUAUUGUGCUUAAGAACUAUCAGCAUAUUCUGGCUUUGGUGUUUGCGGUCAAGGAGAUCAAUGAGAAUCCCACGAUCUUGCCUAAUAUCACCUUAGGAUUCCACAUCUAUGACAAUUACAUCAAUAAAAGGAUGAACUACCGUGCCAUUCUGGACCUUAUUUCCAUGCAUACAUAUACAUAUAUAUAUGUACCCAACUACAGGUGCGGCAUUCAAAAAAAUCUGAUGGCUGUAAUUGGGGGACUGGACUUUGGAACAUCCCUUGACAUGGCAACCAUAUUGGGCAUCUACAAAAUUCCCCAGCUCAGUUAUGGCUCCUUUGCUCCAGAGAACACGGAUCAAAGCCGAUCCACUUCCUUCUACCGGAUGGUGCCCAGCGAAGCCCAUCAGUACACUGGGAUCGUUGAGUUACUGCUCCACUUUUCAUGGACGUGGGUCGGAUUACUUGCUGCCGGUAGUGAGAGUGGAGAGAAGUGCAUGCAAGCAUUGCAACCUCUGCUUUCCAGGAGACGCAUUUGCUUGGCCUUCUUAGAGAGAACUCCCCAAACUAGUUAUGAGUAUAACAACAUUCAUUUACUGAAUCUCCAAGUGUAUCGAGUGAUUGUGAAGAGCAAAGCCAACGCUGUUAUUUUCUGCGGGAAUUCUGCAUCCAUACUUGCCUUACAAACAAUGUUAGCACAAUGGGAAGGGAAAAAUGUGGCUGGGACACCUAUGAGGAAAGUGUGGAUUCUGACUGCUCAGCUCGAUUUCAUAGGAAUCACUUAUCCAAUAAGAUGGGAUAUGCAAGUCUUCCGAGGUUCCAUCUCCUUUACAGUUCAUUCAAAUGAGGUGCAAAGAUUCAGAGCCUUUCUUCAGCUCCUAAACCCCUUUGAGGAAAAUGGAGAUGGCUUUCUCAAGCAGUUCUGGACCCUGGUUUUUGGCUGUUUAUUUUCAAACUCCAACACAGAGAAGAAGCCCAGUGGAAGCUGCACCGGAGAGGAGAAGCUGGAGGAUCUCCCUUCAUCUGAUUUUGAGAUGAGCAUGACUGGCCACAGCUACAGUGUCUAUAAUGCUGUCUAUGCCGCAGCACAUGCUUUACAUAACACAUUCUUGCACAGGUCCAAACAGAGGGCAGCGAUGGAAGGAGAGAUGCAGGAGCUCCAGAAGCUGCAAGCUUGGCAGGUACUGGCUACCAUUCGACAUGGGCAGGAUCAUGACAUCCAGGGGAGUGUCUCAUUUAACAACAGUGCCGGAGAAAAAGUAUCUUUUGGUGAAAAGAGGGAAUUAGAAACUGGAUUUGAUAUUACGAACUUGGUCACUUUCCCAAAUAACUCCUACGUGAGAGUCAAGGUUGGGAGGAUAGAUCUGGAGGCUCCCCCAGGAAAGCAAUUUUCCAUUGAUGAUGACAAAAUGGUGUGGCAUAAAAGUUUUCUCCAGGGGCAGGUUCCACCGCGUUCUGUGUGUAGUCCAAGUUGCCCUCCUGGAUCCAGAAAGAAAAAGAAGGAGGGGGAAAAAUUCUGCUGCUAUGAUUGUGCUCCAUGUCCCCAAGGAAGGAUUGCUUCCCAGAAAGACAUGAAUGACUGUAUUGGAUGCUCAGAAGAUCACUAUCCAAACAAGGACCAAACACAAUGCAUUCCAAAGACAGUAAGUUUCCUGGCUUUUGGAGAACCACUUGGGAUGUGCAUAGCAUUACUCUCUCCCCUUUUCUUUCUGCUCACACUUUUGGUCCUAGUAAUCUUUGUUAAGCAUCAAGACACACCUCUCAUCAGGGCCAACAAUCGAGAUCUGACCUACACUCUCCUCACGUCUCUCCUCCUUUGUUUUCUCUGUCCCCUCAUCUUCCUCAGCCAACCAGACAGAGUGAGCUGCCUUCUCCGACAAAUGACUUUUGGUGUCGUUUUCACUGUGACUGUUUCUUGUGUGUUGGCUAAAACCAUCACCGUUGUUUUGGCCUUUGUGGCCACCAAACCAGGAUCCAGGAUGAGGAAGUGGGUAGGGAAAAGACUGGCAAGCGCCGUUGUGUUGACUUGUACUAUCAUCCAAGCUGGUAUUUGCACUGUGUGGCUGGGAACCUCUCCUCCAUUUCCCCAUUUUGACAAGCAUUAUGUGACUGGAGAAAUCAUUCUGGAAUGUAAUGAAGGGUCAGCUGCCAUGUUUUACUGUGUCUUAGGCUACAUGGGCCUCCUGGCCAUUGUCAGCUUUGUUGUAGCAUUUUUAGUCAGGAAACUGCCCGACAGCUUCAAUGAAGCCAAAUUCAUCACCUUCAGCAUGCUGUUGUUUUGUAGUGUUUGGAUCUCCUUUGUUCCGGUCUACCUGAGCACCAAGGGAAAACAAAUGGUGGCUGUGGAGAUCUUCUCCAUCUUGGCCUCCAGUGCUGGCUUAAUGGGUUCCAUCUUUGCCCCCAAAUGCUACAUUAUUAUGCUGAGGCCCGACCUGAACAUCAGAGAGCAAUUAAUGAGAAACUGA